CUCAAUUCUAAUCUCCGCCCCCAGUCUCUCUUUCUCUCUCUAAUUUCUAAUCCACGAUUUUUCUAGUCUAAGGUUUCAAAGAUGAACCAGUAUCACGUCUAUGAAGCAAUUGGUCGAGGAAAAUAUUCUACUGUUUAUAAAGCGAGAAAGAAGAAAACGAUCGAGUAUUUUGCUGUUAAAAGUGUCGAUAAAUCUCAUAAAAGUAAACUCCUCCAAGAAGUAAGGAUUCUUCACUCUUUAAAUAAUCCAAAUGUACUCAAAUUUUAUUCAUGGUACGAGACUUCAGCACACUUGUGGUUGGUCUUAGAGUAUUGUGUUGGUGGGGAUCUCAUGACUUUGUUACGUCAGGAUUCUCAGCUUCCUGAAGAUUCAAUACAUGACUUUGGUCGUGACCUACUAAAGGCGUUGCAGUACUUGCAUUCAAAUGGGAUCAUUUAUUGUGACUUGAAGCCGUCUAAUAUCUUACUUGAUGAGAACGGGCGCACAAAGCUCUGUGAUUUUGAAUUGGCCAGAAGACUAAUAGAUAUAUCCAAAACUCCAUCUUCCCAGCUACCACAAGCGAAACGUGGAACACCGUGUUAUAUGGCACCCGAGUUGUUUCAGGAUGGAGGAGUGCAUUCAUAUGCUUCUGAUUUUUGGGCCCUUGGUUGUGUACUUUACGAGUGCUAUGCGGGUAGACCUCCCUUUGUUGAAAAAGAGUUCACUAGGCUUGUAAAAGCAAUAUUAUCUGAUCCAUACCCUCCUCUCCCUGGCAACCCAAGCCGCUCGUUUGCGAGUUUGAUUAACUGCCUUCUGAUAAAGGAUCCAGCUGAAAGAAUAACGUGGUCUGAUCUGUGUUUGCAUGACUUUUGGAUAACAAAAUUCAAUGUUGUGUCUCUACCUCCAGAGCCUGCUUUCCUUGACAUGAUUGAACAGUAUGCUAAACCAUGUCUUUCAGAACGUAAUGGUGAUAAGCCACUCCAAAGCAAGACACCCCCAAAAACUCGGGAAAGGGACUCAAAAGGGGUUCCUAAACAGGAUGAGAAUUCUAUUUCAGGAGCGAGAGGGUUUGAGUCACCAGCUAAGAAUACGCCCAGUGGCAAGAAAAUGGUGACAAAGGCUUUUGGUAGGGCUGUUGUGGAGAAGAAAAAAGAAUUUUCAAUUGCUCCAAGAGCAGUGAAUCUUUUAAGACUCUCAAGGAUUGCAAAAACGAAUUUGCAGAAGGAGAAUGAUAAAGAGAACUACAGGAGACCCAUGCCCAAGAACUCUGAAAAUGAUGCUGAGGUGAAAAUGGAGAACAAUGAUAUGGAACUUGAUUUUAGUGAGAAUGUCGAGGACGAAGCAAGUGAUGAAGCAACUGAUGAAGUUGAUGGGUCUGAUUCAACUUCUACCACCGAUGAAACACUGCCGAUCCAAACUCAAGAUAAUGACAGAAGAGCAGAAUCUGAUCAUAGUACAAACCAAUCAGAUUCCCCACUUGACACUGAUAUGAUUAUUUGUGAUGACUCACAAGAAAGUGGACAGGCAUCUUCUACCCCACAGUUUGAUGUGGCUGCUACACCACCUAGUGUUGGUCACCCGAGAAAAGGGAAAAUGCUGAAAGCGGGUUUGGAUAGUGGCCCUAAUGCAGACUCUUCAAAGUCAUCUAAAGGUCUUUCUGAUGUACAUUGGCAUGCAUCUGAUCUCUCGGUAAGACCUGUUAUGCCCAGCAGAAAAGGUGACAAGGCAUCACAGGCUGUACCAUCGCUUCCUUUUGAUGCAGUGCCGAUAUCUGACUUUAUAAAGAUGCCUAAAGAGCAUCUUGAAAAGCUCAACCAUCGUAUAAUAUCUGUUUUGAAUGGGAAUAAUCCUAUUUCAGAGAAGCAAAACGUGAUAAGAUACCUUGAAAUGUUAAGUGGAAAUGCAGAUGCUGCAAAUAUCGUAACUAAUGGUCAAAUUAUGCCAGUUCUGGUCAAAGUGUUUCGACUAUCGAAGGCUUCCACACUGCGUGUCCUGCUUGCUUCAUUGAUUGGCUUAUUGAUUCGUCAUUCAACUUUCAUUGAAGAUGAUUUAUCAAAUUCUGGCAUUUUAGGAGCACUGACAGAUGGUCUACGGGAUAAACAAGAUAAAGUAAGAAGGUUUUCUAUGGCUGCUUUGGGAGAACUGCUUUUCUACAUAUCCACUCAGAGUGAGCAUGAUAGAGAAAGUAAUCCUCCGGAGUCUCCAUCGAAGGAUACCCGAUCUGCAUCUGGUUGGCAGGUUCCUGGUCCAGUUAUUGCAUUGGUGUCUUCAGUUUUACAGCCCGGAGAAGAUGAUUUGACUCAACUUUAUGCUUUAAGAACAAUUGAAAAUAUUUGUAGUCAAGGAGGGGAAUGGGCAGCUCGAUUCAAUUGCCAGGAUGUGAUUAGAAAACUUUCCCACAUAUUCAAGGCUGUGGGAAAACAAGAGAGUACGAGGCUCACUGCUGGUUCAUGCUUGGUACGCUUGGUUCGCUCAAACCCCCCUAGCAUACAAUCUGUAAUGGAUAAGCUCUCAUUCAAAGACACUGCAACUGCUCUCAUCAAAGGGAACCCUCGUGAACAGCAGAUUGGUCUGAACCUUUUAAUUAUGGCCAUUCACACAAACAUGAACCGACAGCUUCAUCUCGUGGAGGAGAAGCAUCUGAUACAAAGCCUGCUCUCUCUCCUUGAGCAAGGAACCGAAGUUUUGCGAGGAAAGACGCUCUUUCUAAUAGGCCUUCUUUGUAAUAAUGACCAAAAAUGGCUACCCCAUUUCUUCUGGAAUGCAAAACUGUUGUCAGCAGUUGAUAGAUUGGGAAAAGAGAAGGACGAAUAUGUACAGAGAUGCUUGGAUGCCUUUGUUGGGCUUGUGACCAAUACCGUUCCGGGAUUAUUGAAGACUAUAACUAAUGAUGUGCGAGAAAUCAUGGGCGGGAGACGCCUUGGCCAGAUAUCUUCUUUCGGUGGCCGGGCAACUGCGAAAACAAUCACUAAUUUCUUUGCUGUGAUUCUCCAUCUUCUUGGUAGCUCCUCAUUCAAGCAGAGAGUGAUGAACCCUCAGGUCUUGCAGCAAGUGGCGAGUCUCAUCAAGCUUGUGGAGUCACCUUUCCAGGGAAGAGAUGAUUUCCAGAUAACGCUUCUGAGGAUUUUGGAGUCUAUAACAGAUGAAUUGUCCUUUAUUGUUGCGAACCCUGACAUUUUUAUCAGUCAGAUUCUCCCAAGUCUUGCCAUGCUAUACAAGGGCAAUAAAGAUGGAGAUUCUAGAUUCUUAUGCCUGAAACUUUUGUUUGAUGUGAUGGUAGUUUUCUUGAACGAACCAUUUGAAGAUGAGAAGCAAGCAGAGAAUCUGAAGUUGAUAUCAAAUGGUCAUUUCCUUCCUCUCUACCCGACGUUGAUCGAGGAUGAAGAACCCAUUCCUAUGUAUGCCCAGAAGCUCUUGGUUAUGCUGAUUGAGUUUAAUUACAUUAAAAUUUCGGAUGUUCUCCACUCGAAAACAGUUUCCCAGUGCUUUGAGUUUCUCCAUGGCGACCUUUCUAGUGCAAAUGUGAACAAUGUUAAGCUCUGUUUGGCUCUAGCAUCUGCUCCUGAGCUGGAUACUAAGAUUCUCUCUCAUCUGCGAGUGGUGAGAAAGAUUGGUAAUCUGCUUGAGUUUGUGAAUGCAAAGGAGAUGGAGGAUUUUCUCGAACCAACUCUUGCACUUUGCAGGGCUUUUCUUCUGCGCGUCAUGGGAGCCCUCAAAGGAGUUCCUUAUCCCAAGGAACCAGCUCUCUUAAGUGAUGGUUCUUCUGAUACAAGGGUAAUUAACCAACAAAAUUACAUCAAAGAUAUACCCGAUUUUGGUAGCAACGUUGGCGUCUUAUUGGAAUUGAGUAGCUCAGAUGAAGCACGGGUUGCAGAUUUAGCGUCCGAAUGUAUGAUUUUAUUACUCAAGGUAGCACCAAGGGAAGCCACUAUUGGGUUGUUGACGAACCUCCCCAAGGUUGUCGCAGUCCUAGAAUCUUGGAGCCGAGUGGUAUCGAGCUUACUAUUAAAGCGAAUGCUGCAUGCUCUAGGGUAUUCCUGUAGGCAGUAUAUGUCACAAGCAAUGAUAUUAUCAAUAUCGGUAUCAGAUAUUACUAAAGUUGAAACCAUCGUUUCCAUUCUUAAAACUUCGGGCAUUCCUGGUGUUGCUGAUGCUGCUUUUAUUGUGGGCUUGGAACUACAACGGCUUCCACGUUGCAAAUAAAAUACGGAGUACUUGAAUUUGCAUCCCAAUGAAUUGCCGAGGAUACAAUAACUGUAAAAGCCUAGCGGUUAUCAUGAAGAUUGAUUAGCGUUUGAGAAAUGACCCUUCCUCUUACUGCGGUGAGUCAUUUUAUUUGGAAUUACAAUACACUGUUACUGCCCUAGUCCGAAUCUGGCCAAUCUCUGUAAUUUAUGUAAUACUUGUAACCCUGUUGAUCUGUAUUAGUUUUUCCAUGUUUUCAUUUUCCAUCUACAUUAUAUCCUGUUUCCUUGCAUCUCUCGGACUUAAUAUGUAAA